GUUGUAACAUUUUACGUCAAUUACAAUUACACUAACGCGAGGCUGAGCAUGAACAUGAGGCUGCAUUGUUGUCAGCUUUUGUUUUUCAGUGGGAAUGGAUUGAUCAGUUAACCAUGUUUAAUUAAACAAAUCAAUCCAGAGAAAAACUUUUUGAUGAAUUUCAAGUCACUUGUAGAGUGGUCAGUGGAGACUCUCAGCCUGUGGCAAGUUCUUAAUGAAUACAACAUAGAAGAUGUCAUACUUCAUCUUGAUACUACAAUAAGGGAUCGUUUAAAGCAUGUCAAGUUUAGAGACCUGGCAACUAAGGGGCAGAAGCGUUAUCGACAAGUGACCCAUCAGAUCAACCUGGAAUUGAUUUGUUCUUUGUUUGAAUCAGUGAGAUUCUAUGAUGGAGUUAUCUUUGUAUGCUGCGCUAAAACGAGAUCCCCAGGGAAUGGCUUUACACUUCUACAGGAAUGGAGAGCCACAUGGUGAUAUGCAAGGACGGGAAGCGUUUAUUGCCAGUGCUACAAGUGCAUUCUGGACUGUCUCCAACGUCUUCUUGUCAUUAAAACAACUCCUUCUCAAUCACCCGGACAACCCUCACGACCAGGGUCUCCUCCGGCCCCAGACCCCAGUGCUCUGACACCGCAUGAUGCUGAAAAGCUUAUGGAAGAUGUGUUAUCAUCUUCAUUGUCUUACGGGGAUGAAUUAUGGCAUGUUGUUUUGUAUCAAUGGUUUAUUGACAAUGGACUGACUGAAAGGCUGUUGGAGAUCAAAUCUCCGCACUUGGAGGUGUUUCUGAGGCGAUCAUCGUCACAGGAUCAGCCAAAUGAAUUAAAGAUGUUGGACUUGUUGUGGAAACAUUAUGAAAAGACAAAGAAUUACUCUGCUGCUGCAAGAAUCCUUUCUAAACUCUCUUAAAAACAAAGUCCUGGUGUAACACUAGAGUUAAGAUUAGAAUACCUGGCUCGUGCCAUUAUGAGCGCCAAGAGCUGUAAUUUACGAACCGCCGGGAGUGGCGACGGGGAAUUCUUACACGGGUUAGAAGAGAAGCUGGAAGUUGCCCGCAUCCAGAUGCAAGUCUAUCAAGCUCUUGUAAGAAUUAAUUCUGCUAAUCCAUCCAGGCGGAUAGACCAAGCUUUGAUUGGAUUGAAUUCUCAGCUCUUUGAUGUCACCAAACUGUACGGAGAUUUUGCUGAUGAGUUUGAUCUGUCUGAGUGUAAACUCGCCAUCGUUCACUGUGCUGGACAUUACGACCCAACCUUGAUUGAGACGCUCUGGAGGGACAUCAUAGAAGCCGAGCUCCGUGACUCACUUCAGAAUCCACCUAGUGAUCGCAUGGCAAUUGUCAGUAAAAAGAUUGCUUACUUAGGAAAGGUUUAUGUCCAUUCUGAGCGGUACUUUCCAUUGGGGGCAAUAAUCCUUAUGCUGGAAAAGAAGAGCGCCGAGUUGGUCUGGGACCCAACCUGGGUGUUUAUGACUAUGUUAGAGAUGGGUAUUCCAUUCCCCGUGUUACACGCCAUUUAUGACAAACUGUUCAAAGCCAAGGAUCAGUGUUGGCGAACGCAAGACAAGCCUCUUCACAUCCUUGAAGUUAUAUAUCAUUUAUUUAUGAAAUUUGUAAACACGCCCACCAUUUCUCCCCCUCACGAGAGACGAAAAAUAGCAAUUGCACUGUACGACGCAUGCGCCGCGUAUCUGGUGGAACUACAGUCCAGUCUGUCACGUGACCCAAGUGUGCAAAACACGCUGGACAAAUUUCAAGGAUUGCAGAAGUGUCUAAAGCGUCUUUUGCACUGAAUGACGUUAAGUCGACCGGAAAUCGUGCAGAUUUAUUUUUAAAUCUUGGCCAAGUUCUUUCAAACAGCUGUGACAGGGAGUCUUCAAGCCUGUUUCUGGGUAGUAUUUAGGCUUACAAGCUAUUUUUAAAUCAUCAGUAUGUUGUAAAUAAAAGUUUAGGUGAAGUCUUCGUAAUGAA